AUGGAGAACUUCUCUCCAUGCGACGAUCUCUCUGCCUCCCCUGUUCAUUCAAGUUCAUCUCCCGAUUUCACGGUCAUCUCCUUGCCACUGGCAGUUGCUCCCAUGCCACCACGCACCAAAAAAGGCCGCCGAGGAAAGUAUGACCCAGAGCGUGAUUACUCUGCAGAAAUUCGAAGACGAUUGCAGCAAAGCCCCCGGGGGAAGCGUACGGCACGCGCUUGUGAUAGAUGCAAGUGUCGAAAGCUCCCGUGUGACGAGAACGAAGAAAGCUGCAACAACUGUGUCCGACAUGGCACAGUGUGCUAUAUGACCGAUACAAGCACCGGCCAAACCUAUCCUCGAAACAUAAUCAUGCAAAAGACUACGGAGAUCUUCAAUCUCCGAGAUCAGUUGCGAGAUCUCCAGUAUCAGCUGCGAGAAAAGGAUUGCCAAAUUCGUGACUUGAAGCAAAGUAUACAGAACUUGAACUUGUUGCACCAUCACCAGUCUCCGGGAGUACACCUCGAGAACCUGAGCGAGUUCCAUUCUCAAGACGGCGGUGUUAUGCACCCGGUGAGUACUCCUCCUCCUUCCCAGAAUCUUGCCCUAGCACCACAUGCUGGAGCAUUCAAUGUGCACACGGUGGGAUACGAUGAUCUCUUCUUGCCUAUCUUUAAGACUCCAUUUAUGGACCAUGAUGGCUGA